AUCGUAUCGCGGUGAUUCACAACAGUGGACGGCCUGAGCAAAACGGCUCACCACUGUUUAGUUAUUUACUGGUCGUUUUCACUUCAGGUUCUAGCACAUUCCGACCCUACGGCUCCACGAAAUGCGGACUCAGAUAUUUGCAGUCUGCCAGCAGAUGCCAGCUCUUCGAUCGCUACGAUACACUUCUGCUUCUGGGACUCAGUUCCUGGCUAGUUACCCCAAAAUACACUUGUAAAGUCCGACCUAUAAUCAAUGUCGCUCUCAUUAGCCAAUCCUAAAUUUCGAGUAGCAAUCUGCGGUGCAGGCAUAGGAGGGCUUGCUCUCGCUGUCACACUCGGGAAGUUUGCAGAUCAGGAUAUCCACAUAGACUUGUAUGAAGCGCAUGACACCAUCACGACUACUGGGGCCGGGAUUACAAUCCCGAGUCGUACAUCAGAGGUCUUGAAAGAGCUCGGCAUGUACGAAGAGAUCUCCCGUGUUUCGACCAAACCCCCUUCUUUCAGUCAUGUGCCAAAAUUUAGGAGGUCUAAUAUUUCACAGGGUGGUUUCGAAUGGUUUCAGCAAAUCCUCACACUAAUGUCAUCUAAUAUGCACCGUCAACAUCUCAUGGACACCCUCAAGCAAUACCUCCCUUCGUCGUGCAGUCUUCAUUUUAAUAAACGACUCACUCGAUAUGACAAGCAGUUAUCAGGAUCACUCAUCCUCCACUUCGCUGAUGACAGCACCUCAACUACGGAUGUGUUAAUAGGGGCAGAUGGCGUCCACUCCUCAGUGCGGAAGACGAUCUUCGAAACAUUAGACCGAGAUGUCGUGGACCCAAGUAAGAUAAGACACUACACUGAUCCAUCUUGGACCGGGACGCUCGUCUAUCGCACCGUAUUUCCGGCGAAGAAGCUCUCGGACUUGGAUCCAAACAAUGUAGCCUUGAAGGAUUUUGUGAUAUUUUGCGGAAUGGGAAAGCACGUCGUGUCGUAUCCAGUUUCACAAGGAACAUUGAUCAAUGUCGUGGCAUUUGUUACUGAUGGGGAGAAAGCUGGCACACCUUUUGAAGGUUGUUGGGUUUCAUCUGUGUCCCAUGAAGAGGUUCAGGAACCAUAUCAGGACUUCGAACCUGCUGUUAAAAACCUUUUGAAAUGUUCCGAAAACCCCUCAAGAUGGGCGCUUCAUGUAGUAAAUGAAUUGCCAUUAUUUGCAUCUGAUAGAGUUGCCUUGAUGGGUGAUGCGUGCCAUGCAAUGACACCUUACUUUGGCGCCGGAGCUGGCCAGGCAAUAGAGGAUGCCUUUGUGCUUGGUCGUCUUCUUUCUCACCCUCUCACAACAUUGGAUAGCGUACCCGCCGCGCUGAAGGCAUACCAGGACGUUCGUCUCCCAUUCAGUCAAUUUGUAGCACGCGAAUCGGCACGCACAGGACGUAUGUACGACUUUGACAUGUCUAGUACAGCAAACGUGCAAGAAGAGUUGGAGAUUCAAAAGGAGAAGAUCUUAGCCCAGUGGGAAUGGGAAGGCAAGGACAGCCCCAUUACCGAAUGGUUAGAGGCAGAAAGGAAACUGCAGGAUAGCAUAGGAGUGCGCGACGAUUGUGCACGAUAAACCUUAUGACAUACUAUCUUUGGCCCAGAGUUGCAAUCGCAAUGUAGCACACUCAUCUUCCACUCAUUUCCUUCGCACAAUGUUUCUAUAGAAUAAUUAGUACG